UAAAUAUAUUACAAAUUAUUUUGUGUUAGAGUAUAAAUCUAGCGAUCGGAUACAAUCAAAAUGAUCGACGAAGUAACCGUGCCCCUUUUGGGGACGCUGGAAACAGAUCCGGACGCCAUUCCACGUGGAUUCAUACACAGAGACCCGGAUAUCCUCAACAUACAUCAGCAGAACACGCUCACCGAAAUGAAGGUCAAAAUGAUGGAUUUCAAUACCGAAUACCUAGCCAAGCAUCCUCAGGUUGAGGCCUUAGUCCGAUUACUGAUAAAAGAAAUCGUCAUUCACAAACCAUACUACGUUAGAGAAUUCAUUAAGGAAAUACUGUCUCGAGAUGAUCUGGAAACCACUGUUGCAAAGAUAGUUGCCGCCAAAGGAUUAAAUACGAACAGGCGUCAUACAAGGCACUACUUUUCGCACACGAAGACCUGGCAAGACAAGGCCGCAGGCGUAGACGAACCUGAGCUGGAGAUAGAAGAACCUUACUGGCCAGAGCCUCGACCGUUCAGGGUCGAAUCGCGCCGCGACAAGAGAGAGUACUGCCACCCACACUACUUCAAGGUACCCUACGUAUUCUUCCCUGCAGAGUAUCUGAAACCCAAGCAACCUGUCUUUAAAUCAAGGAAAUAUCCUUGCUUCCGCAGCAGGUCAUAUGCCAGAUUACUCCUCCAGAAUUACAAAGAUGUCUGGGGCGAUCCCAUAACGGACAUCCCGCCGCCGCUUAACGAUGAAGAACUGUACGACGCGUGUUUGCUGUUAAAGAAGAAGCCGGAGAAGGAUAUGACCAACGAAGAACUCAUUAAAUGUUGUUUGCGUUGUCGAAGAACCAGGAUGAGGAACUACCUUUACGCAAUUAAUAAAAAACAGUUUAACGAUCCGCUAAAAAAGUAUCCGUCAUACACGAUACUUCAAAAGUCUCUCCAGUUACGAACUGCAAACAAGUUUCUCGAAAAAACAAUAGAAGCCCUUAAAAGGAAGGAUAUAGAAACUGUGAGAUGCGAUUGGGUUCCAGAGAACCAGAGUGACGGACCGAUCAGCGACGUUGAUCGCGAAUUGAUGAAGUUCGAGUCGCGCUUCAUACCACACCGAUCGAUGGCUCAUAUGAACCAAUUCAAGAGUCCUGUACCCGGCAUCCGUUUUAAGGAAGAAGGAGAUUUCAAUUUGCUUCUUCCAUUGGGCGAUCUAAAAAGAAGUGUUGAUGGAAAGAGCGAAUUAAAUCCAAGAAUUACCAUCCUUGAUCAUGGUAAAGAGCCAACAAAUGCCAAAAUUACAGUUCCUACAACAGAUCUACAAGGGAACAUCAUUGAUCAGUCGGUGAUUUCUGUAACAGUAAGAUCACAGGGUGCAUCAGAUGAAACCGAUGAGUCAUGCAUAAGGCUGGGAGAACAUAAAAUAGGCAAGACUCCGUCUAAAACAGCCUUUGAUGAAAAACACCUACUUCUUGAACAAACAAGAAUGACAAAAAGCGAAAUAUCACAGGAAGAUGUAAAAAGUAGUCUCACGUUCGGUAUACCAACUACAUCAGCAUCCAUAUUCCAAAAGAAAGUGAUCGUCAAAGACUUGAUGUAUGGCAAUAUUGAAGAAUCCUUCAAGAGUGAGAGCUUACCGAAUGAGUCGCUAUUGAGCCAGGUCAUCAGAGAGGACGCCAGUUGUUUGGCAUUAUCAAAAACAAGUUUUGGAGAAAGGAUAGAGAACUUCGGGAGUGUUGCACCAUCACAGGAACUACCCCCUUUGCCACCGUACAUGGUGAAUGCAUACAUGCAGUUGUUAGUCGACACCAGAACAUUGUCCAAACAUUACAAACAGCAAAACGAAUGCAAAAGAAAAUGCAGAAUGAAACGAGAACUGAAAAUGCAUAAUUUGCAAAAAUAUUUGUAAUAUAUACAAUAUAAAUAAAUAUUCCUAAUUUUCCA